GCAGAGAUUUCUUUCUGGUAUUUUUUUUGUUUGAUUGGCAAGCUCCGUCUUAUAUCUAAUUUCUCACCACGGCACACGUACAAUUCCAAGACAAGCCUAUUUAUUGAUCGAGAUCAAGUGCUCGAUCACAAUUCCAAGACAAGCCGGCCUAUUGAUCAAGUGCGUACGUGCUCAAAUUAAUUGAGUUACCAUGGAAACGGCCAAUGACAGAUUCAAGACUUCGCCGUAUCGUCGGCACCGGAACGACUUAGAGGCUGCGGAUUCUCGCGAGUACGAGGACGACUCUUCAUCCGGUCCAUUCGACAUCUAUCGAACCAAGAAUGCUUCCGUCGACCGCCUCAGAAGAUGGCGGCAAGCGGCACUUGUGUUAAAUGCUUCUCGCCGAUUUCGAUACACCUUGGACUUGAAAAAGGAGGAAGAAAAGAAGCAAACAAUAAGAAAGAUUAGGGCGCAUGCUCAAGUCAUAAGAGCAGCCUUCCUUUUCCAAGAAGCGGGGCAAAAAGAAAAAGUGUCAGGUACCCCAGGAUUAGCUACAACUUCAGCUGGUGAUUAUAGUAUUAACCAAGAGCAACUUGCUUCAAUAACAAGGGAUCAUGAUUUUUCUGCUCUGGAGGAAUUCGGAGGGGUUAAAGGGUUGGCUGAUACAUUAAAAACAAGUGUAGAGAAGGGAAUAUGUGGAGAUGAUGAUGAUUUAUUGAAGCGAAAGAAUGCAUUUGGAUCCAACACAUAUCCUCGGAAAAAAGGACGGGGUUUUUGGAACUUUGUUUGGGAUGCUUGUCGAGAUACUACUCUGAUCAUCUUGAUGGUAGCUGCAGCUGCUUCUUUGGGGCUAGGCAUAAAGACCGAGGGUAUUAAAGACGGAUGGUAUGAUGGGGGAAGUAUAGCCUUGGCGGUCCUUAUUGUUAUAAUUGUUACAGCUGUAAGUGAUUACAAGCAAUCCCUUCAGUUCCAAAAUUUAAAUGAGGAGAAGCAGAAUAUACAUUUGGAGGUUAUUAGAGGUGGUAGAAGGAUGGAGGUCUCCAUAUUUGAUCUUGUUGUGGGUGAUGUGGUACCACUGAAAAUUGGUGACCAGGUCCCAGCUGACGGGAUUUUAAUUUCUGGACAGUCACUUGCAAUUGAUGAAUCAAGCAUGACUGGGGAGAGCAAGCUUGCUCAGAAGGGUCCAAAAGCUCCAUUUCUGAUGUCUGGGUGCAAAGUAGCUGAUGGAUUUGGCACUAUGCUGGUAACAAGUGUUGGUAUAAAUACAGAGUGGGGAUUGCUAAUGGCGAGCAUCUCAGAAGAUAAUGGUGAAGAAACACCAUUGCAGGUACGGUUGAAUGGGGUUGCAACGUUUAUAGGUUUCGUGGGACUCACAGUGGCUGUAGUUGUUCUAGUUGUCUUGAUGAUCAGAUACUUUACUGGACAUUCAAAAAAUACUGAUGGAACUGUUCAGUUCACGCCUGGCAAGACUAAGUUCAGUACUGCCAUAGAUGGAGCUAUUAAGAUCUUCACAGUCGCUGUCACUAUAGUGGUUGUUGCAGUGCCUGAAGGGCUUCCCCUUGCUGUUACCUUAACGCUUGCCUACUCAAUGAGGAAAAUGAUGGCAGACAAGGCAUUGGUCAGGAGGCUUUCUGCUUGUGAAACUAUGGGUUCUGCUACUACCAUUUGCAGUGACAAAACUGGAACCUUGACACUGAAUCAGAUGACAGUGGUUGAGUCAUAUGUUGGUGGAGAGAAGGCUGAGUCUCCGGACAAUGGUUCAGUGUUGCCUCUCAAGGUUAAAUCUCUGCUCAUUGAGGGUAUUGCACAGAAUACUACUGGCAGUGUAUUUGUGCCUGAGGAUGGAGGAAAGAUGGAGAUAUCUGGAUCACCAACCGAAAAAGCCAUUCUCCAGUGGGGGAUCAAUCUUGGAAUGAAUUUUGAUGCUAUUAGAUCAAGUUCUUCAAUCAUUCAUGUUUUCCCUUUCAACUCGGAGAAAAAGAGAGGAGGUGUUGCAUUAAAAGUGCAUGAUUCUGAAGUUCAUAUACAUUGGAAAGGUGCGGCUGAAUUAGUCUUGGCUUCUUGUACCAGAUACAUUGAUACCAAUGAUCAAGUCGUUCCAAUGGGUGAAGAUAAGGUGACACUAUUUAAAAGUGCUAUUGAUGAUAUGGCUGGUCGAAGUUUGCGUUGUGUUGCAAUUGCUUAUAGAUCUUGUGGAAUGGAAAAUGUGCCAACCACUGACGAGGAACUAGCUCAUUGGGAAAUACCUGAUGAUGAGCUUGUAUUGCUAGCUAUUGUUGGCUUGAAGGAUCCUUGUCGUCCAAGUGUGAAGGAUGCAGUUCGGUUAUGCACAAACGCUGGUGUUAAGGUGCGUAUGGUCACUGGUGACAACCUCCAAACAGCUAGAGCAAUAGCUUUAGAAUGUGGUAUUCUAGGGUCAGAUGCAGAUGCUACUGAGCCAAAUCUCAUAGAAGGGAAGGUAUUUCGUGCUUUGUCUGAAGUUCAAAGACAAGAAAUUGCUGAUAAGAUAUCGGUUAUGGGAAGGUCUUCUCCUAACGACAAGCUGCUGCUUGUGCAAGCAUUGAGAAAGGAAGGGCAUGUUGUUGCAGUAACUGGAGAUGGCACUAAUGAUGCUCCUGCACUGCAUGAGGCUGACAUUGGUCUUGCUAUGGGUAUCCAAGGAACAGAAGUAGCAAAAGAAAGCUCGGAUAUCAUUAUCUUGGAUGACAAUUUUUCCUCAGUUGUGAAGGUAGUUCGGUGGGGCAGGUCUGUUUAUGCAAAUAUUCAGAAAUUUAUCCAGUUUCAGCUCACCGUCAAUGUUGCAGCUCUUGUAAUUAAUGUUGUGGCUGCAGUUUCUUCUGGAGAUGUCCCACUAAAUGCAGUGCAGCUGCUUUGGGUUAAUCUAAUCAUGGAUACUCUUGGAGCUCUUGCACUGGCCACUGAACCGCCAACUGAUGAACUUAUGCAUAGGCGUCCCGUUGGUCGAAGGGAGCCGCUUAUAACGAAUAUCAUGUGGAGAAACUUGUUAGUGCAGGCUUUUUAUCAAGUGAUUGUUCUGCUUAUCCUCAAUUUUAAAGGCAGAGAGAUCCUGCAUCUGGAGCAUUAUGACAAUAAUCGUGCUGUCAAAGUGAAGAAUACAUUGAUAUUCAAUGCAUUUGUCUUUUGUCAAAUUUUCAACGAAUUUAAUGCUCGGAAACCUGAGGAAAUUAAUAUAUUCAAAGGGGUGACAAAGAACUACCUCUUCAUGGGAAUAGUGGGCUUAACUAUUUUGCUUCAGGUCAUCAUAGUCAUGUUCCUUGGAAAGUUUGCUGGUACGGUUAGGCUCAGCUGGAAACUGUGGCUUGUUUCCAUCGCUAUUGGCAUUGUCAGUUGGCCGCUUGCAAUAGUUGGGAAGUUUAUUCCUGUCCCCAAGACACCUUUACAUGAAUACUUCAUGAGAAUAUGGUCGAGAAUAUGGCCUGGACGAAGAAGAACUUUGCGAGGUGCAACCACCAGUAGGCAGGAGGAUGGUGUUGAGAGAAAAUAGUACUGGUUUGUAAGGGGUACUCAUCAUUUUCUGCCAGCCUUUUGACAAUUAACGAUGAGUAUACACAUGUAAAAAGCCACACUAUCGAUGGUGGUAUUAUGAUGCUUCUUUUUCUUGCACUUAUUUACUCCUAGUUUCUGUACAAAUGUAGAAAAAACAUCUGUGUCAAGCCUUUUUUUCUUGGCUGUUUGGAUCAGUCGUUUUCCAAGGUUGUGUGUGGUAAAGAAUAUGAUGUUCCAUCUUGCUCCCUGGUUUACAGCGACUAUAAAAUGUAGUUGUGAUUCUCAGAAA